GAUGUCGUUAACUUUGAGAUCUCAAGAACUGUGUUUUACCGUAUUGUUUUUCCACUUAUUUUACGGUUACCGCACUAUCAGUCAUAAAAUAAUUCUUAGAAUAACCUUGUAGAGUACUCGCAUUGUCAGUUGUUUGCCAACAGGGUUCCCUUUGGUCUGGUGGCAGUUCCAAAGCUCCUGGAAUUUAAAUUCAUCCAUGCUUUCUAACUCCGCCGUUUUACCACUUGCCUCCUCAACAGAGUGGCCUUUGGCCUCAAUGCUAGGCAUUCUCAGACAGCUUUGUAGAUACAAUUAUGUAAGGAACAAGCGCAGGUAUGGUGAAACAAAAUAUGUUUUAUGGACUACCACAUAUAUGGUUUUAAACAUUAAACAAACCUUUACUCCCCAUUAGUUUUCAAACUGAUAUGUAUGCAGCCUAGGAUGUAAACACAGCAUUCGGGAAUGUGUCUUCAUAUGCUGUGUUCUUACGUUACAUCUUAGGUCCAGGCAAGCUCAACAUGGAUGCUAUUAGAGUAUAUCUUGCCUCACUAAUUGAAAGUUAACAAACUCACUUUACAUGAAAACAAAAUUAGAGAGCAUCUUUUGAAUGCAUAUGAUCACUCACGUGUAUCAGAAAAAUGUCCCAUUUGUUGAAGAAAAGCACUCCGCUCAUGCAUAAUAAAAACUGUUGUAUUUUAUUUCAUGGUUUGUUGACAUUCAAUGUUGACUGUGAAUUUCUUGUAGGAGGAGUGGGAAGGCCUCAACCCUGCUCCCAGGGCUUUUUGUACAGUUCCCCUGUUGAAGAACUGCAGCAGUCUGGAUUCCGAGGCUUUGUAUUUUCGACACCUUGAUGAGAAAUUUCAACAAGGAUUCCAGUCUUUUCCUGACAAAGAGACGCAGAUAAGAAAGAGCAAUAAGAAGAAUGAAUUCUUCUAUGGUAGAUGCUCCCCAGGGUCGGUUAACAUUCAGACAUGUAGCCGUGGACCUGUCAAGGGAGGAAUGGGAGUGUCUAGACCAUGCUCAGCGUACAUUGUACAUUGAUGUGAUGUUAGAAAAUUAUAGCAAUCUGGUGUUUGUUGAGACCCAUCGCCUAUGUGGUCAGUAUGAAAAGAUCCUGGAUCAAGGCACAAAGCAUGAGCAUGGGAAUAUCCAAGAGAAGUCUUAUGAAUUUAGUGAGCUAGACAAAAUGAUUCUUGAAUCCUCCCAAUGUAGACCACCUUAUGCUACUGCAGAAAACUACAACAAGUACAGUAAUGACAGACAAACCUGUCUUGAAACAGUAAACAUAAACAGACAUAAAAGAAGGAAUAUUGGAGAAGAACCUUUCAAAUAUAAGGACUGUGUAAACUCUUUAAAUUUGUAUCCCAUCAUUAGCCAAGAUCAAAGACUCCACACAGGAAGAAAAGAAUACAAACAUACAGAGUAUGAUCAAUCUUUUAACUCUAAGCAUAAAAUCAUGACCCAGAAAGACAAUCUUAGAACUCAUCAAAGAAUUCAUAACGGAAAAAAACCUUUCAAAUAUAAGGAAUGUGACAAAUCCUUUACUGGUGGCUCUGAUCACAGAAAACAUCAUCAAUUUCGUACAGGUGAGAAACCUUACAAAUGUCGUAUAUGUGACAAAUCCUUUACCCUGAAAAGCACUCUUAUAAUUCAUUGGAGAAUUCAUACAGGUGAGAAACCUUACAAAUGCAGUGAAUGUGAUAAAUCCUUUAUCAAGAAAUGCAAUCUUACAUCUCAUCAGAGAAUUCAUACAGGAGAGAAACCUUACAAAUGCAGUGAGUGUGAGAAAUGCUUUUCCAGGAAAGACUAUCUUACAAAGCAUCAAAGCAUUCAUACAGGAGAGAAGCCUUACAAAUGUAGGGAGUGUGACAAAUCCUUUACCCGGAAAGGUAGCCUUAUAAUUCAUCAGGGAAUUCAUAGAGGAAAGAAACCUUACAAAUGUAGGGAGUGUGACAAAGCCUUUAGGAGGCCCUCAUCUCUUAGACUACAUCAGCAAAUCCACACAGGGGAGAAACCUUUCAAAUGUAGUGAAUGUGGCAAAUCAUUUACUCGGAAAAGUGAUUUUAUAACUCAUCAGAAAUUUCAUACAGGUGAGAAACCUUACAAAUGUAGUGAAUGUAACAAAUCCUUUACACUGAAAGGCAAUCUUAAAACUCAUCAGAGAAUUCAUGCAGGAAAGAAAUCUUACAAAUGUACUGAAUGCGACAAAUCCUUUACCCAGAAAGGCUGUCUUAUAAUUCAUCAGAGAAUUCAUACAAGAGAGAAACCUUACAAAUGUAAUGAAUAUGACAAGUCCCUUACCCAGAAAAGCCAUCUUAUAACUCAUCAGGGACUUCAUAAAGGAGGAAAACCUUACAAAUGUGGUGAAUGUGACAAAACUUUUAAGAGUGCCUCAUCUCUUAGAAUGCAUCAAAGAAUUCAUACAGGAGAGAAACUUGUCCAGUGUAGUGAAUGUGACAAAUAUUUUACUCGUGGCUCAGAUCUUAGAAAACAUCAAAAAUAUCAUACAGGAGAGAAACCUUAUAAAUGUACUACCUGUGACAAAUACUUUACCCAGAAAGGCCAUCUUAGAACUCAUCAGAGAAUUCAUACAGGAGAGAAACCUUACAAAUGUAAUGAGUGUGACAAAUACUUUAUGACUCUCUCAUAUCUUAGAAUUCAUCAGAGAAUUCACACGGGAGAGAAACCUUACAAAUGCAGUGAAUGUGAGAACUCCUUUACCCAGAAAAGCCAUCUUACAACUCAUCAGAGAAUUCACACAGGAGAGAAACCUUACCAAUGUAGUGAAUGUGACAAGUCGUUUACCAAGAAAGACACUCUUAAAACUCAUCAGAGAACUCACACAGGAGAGAACCUUCAGAAAUGUAGUCAAUUUGACACAUCCUUUAUUCACCCUUAGAUCACAUCAAAGAAUUCAUACAGGAGAGAAACCUUAGAAAAGUGAUGUAUGAAGAACAAUGUUUACCUGCCUCUGAGGUUAAGAAAACCUCAGAAAAAUACAUACUAGGUAGAAAAGUUACCAUUUAA